UUGAAUAAUAUUUGAUGAAUAUGAUUAUAAUUACACAAGUACAAAUCCACAAGUCCAACGCUACCCAUCUCAUAAAUUUUUUCCUCUUGUAUCCUAAUCCCCCCCUCCCUCCUUUGACAGACCUUGUCGGGCAGUGAAACCAUAAAAAAUAUAAAAAUAGGUUCACCUCAAGCCAAAAAAUGUCUGUCACAGUCUUGAGAGUGCUAUUUCCGGUCAUUCAGAAAAUUUAUCUUAGAGCCAACACUGAUCUUGCAUCCUUUGGGUCUCUAUAGUAGCAUUUAUUUACCUUAAUCAGUGUGAUUCAGCAAAAGUGAUAUUCCGUCAUCUUAUAGUAACUGAGUGAAGAUGAAUGACAGUUUAUCUUGCGUAAUGAACCUUGGACUCCCUACUUUUCUCUAUCAACUACUUCAAAGCUUUUUAUAUUAACUUAUAAGGCAAGAGCCAAUCAGUGUUAGAAUAAUAACUUUGGUUAGAAAUCUAAUCAACAUAUAUAAAGCAUAUAUUUCUUGCAUUUGUAUGAAUGGAAUUCUCUUUUCAUUCAACAUUUUUAAGGUCGCGAAAAUUGCAUCUGAAUGUGGAAUUUCUAAGCCAAUGCUCAACACUGUCCUCGAUUAUCUAAAUGACAUUGGAAUAAUUCUGUACUCUAAGACUAAUGAGAAGUUAAAGUAUACAGUUAUUACGAACUUGCGCAUGAUGAUCGACGUUGUGACGAAAAUCAUCACAGUAGUGAAACCAGAUGAUAUUGACAAGUUGCCUACACUGAUGCAUUUAUGGAAUACCCUUGAUAGUGAGGGAAUUCUACAAGAACAGUUGUUGCUCCGUCAUUUGUGGCGACACCAGAUAAAGAAAGAUGCCAGCAACUUUGAGGUGUUUAUAGAACUGAUGAAGGUGUUUGGGUUGCUGUUUGAGAAACAAAAGUGGGGAGUGUGCAUGGGUUUGCAAAAAUCAACCAAAUGGGGUAUUAAGUUACUGUACCUUCAACAGCAACUGAAAACUGUGUAUGUUACUACAGAAGGAGUCGGCUAUGAGUUACGUGUCUAUUGUCAUGCCUGUGAACCUACGCUGCGACCGCUGUAUAAACUUGAGGAAUGUUUUGAUGAUAGUUGUACACAAGAAACCCUGAAUUUUCUGGCACUUCACACAUUGAUUGUUGGUCGUGGAAUUAAAGAACUACGGAGGUAUUUUCUAGAUAAAGCUAACCUCACCAAAUCAGAAGUCAAACCAUUUUUGACAAGGGAGAGCCAUGGAUUAUUAAUGGAUGUUGAUUUUGGAGAUGAUUAA